AUGGCAGCCUUGGCUGCAGUGACAGUGGAUGAUGAAAUUGAAGAUCCUGAAAUCAAGGAAGGCGAGUUCCAGAUUAAAGCAUGCUCUGUGAUGGUGAAUGUAUGCAUGUUCAGUCUGAUUGUGCUGUUCUUUGGUGGCAAAGAAGUAGACAUGGAAGUAAUGAAGCCUUUAAUUGAUGAACAAAAUUCAGAUGCCAUCUCAGAUGAAGAGCAUGAAAAUAAUUUCCUGCCAGUUGAGAAGCACUACCAGCUUGAUAAUGAAGAAGGCAUUACGUUUAUACAAACACUUACACACCUCCUCAAGGGAAACAUUGGAACUGGACUUCUUGGUCUUCCACUUGCAAUAAAAAAUGCUGGCAUUGUGAUUGGACCAAUCAGCCUUGUGUUCAUAGGAGUUAUAUCUGUUCAUUGUAUGCACAUCUUGGUACGUUGCAGCCACUGUCUAUGUCAGAGGAUGAAAAAAUCCUCACUGGGGUAUAGCGAUACAGUUAGUUACGCCAUGGAAGUGGGGCCCCUGACUGCUCUUCAGAAACGAGCUUCUUGGGGACGGUAUAUUGUCGACUUCUUCCUAGUGAUAACACAGCUGGGAUUUUGUAGUGUUUAUGUUGUGUUCUUGGCAGAAAAUGUGAAACAAGUCCAUGAAGGAUUCUUGGAAAACAAGACUACUCCCAUAAAUGUCAGUACCACCAGCAGUUCUUCUGAGAAAAGGAGUACUGAUUUACGCAUAUAUAUGCUGGGUUUCCUGCCAUUCAUGAUCCUCCUGGUCUUUAUUCGUGACCUUAAGAGCCUGUCCUUUCUUUCAUUGCUUGCCAAUCUGUCCAUGGCUGUCAGCCUGGUGAUCAUUUACCAGUAUAUUGUUAGAGAUAUAGUAGAUCCUCGAAAACUGCCUCCUGUGGUUGGCUGGAAGAAAUACCCACUGUUUUUUGGGACUGCAAUAUUUGCUUUUGAAGGAAUUGGUGUGGUACUCCCAUUGGAAAACAGAAUGAAGGACACCACACGUUUCCCACAGGCGCUGAACAUUGGCAUGGGAAUAGUCAUGACCUUGUAUAUCUCAUUAGCCACUCUAGGGUAUCUGCGCUUUGGGGAUGAAAUCAAAGGCAGCAUAACUUUAAACCUGCCACAAGAUAUAUGGUUGUAUCAAUCUGUAAAAAUUCUGUACUCCUUUGGGAUUUUUGUGACCUAUUCAAUUCAGUACUAUGUCCCUGCGGAGAUUCUUAUUCCAGCUGUCACCUCCAAAGUCGAGCAGAAGUGGAAGUUACUCAGUGAGCUUGUAGCGAGAGCACUGUUAGUCUGCUCAACCUGUGCUGUAGCAGUUUUGAUCCCUCGCCUAGACCUGGUGAUUUCUUUUGUCGGCGCUGUCAGCAGCAGCACUCUGGCACUAAUUCUGCCACCUCUGGUUGAAAUCCUCACUUUCUAUAAGGAAAACUUAAGUUUAUGGACAGUAUUUAAAGACAUUUUUAUAGCUGUCAUUGGAGUUGUUGGAUUUUUAACAGGGACAUAUGUGACGGUUGAAGAAAUUAUUUAUCCUGCAUCCACAGUUCUAGCUAAUGCAACAGAGAGCAUCUCUGCAGAUUUAAAUGCUACAAACUUAGUGAAUGGUUUAAAGUAA